AUGCUGAACCCCAAACAACCGCUGUGUCGACAGUCCAAGGAUUUCAUCAGCAGUCUGAUGGAAAAGGAUCCAACCAAGCGUUUCACCUGUGAACAGGCACUCAGACACCCUUGGAUCGCUGGGGAUACGGCUCUCUGCAAGAACAUCCAUGAGUCAGUGAGCCGACAGAUCAGGAAGAACUUCGCCAAGAGUAAAUGGAGGCAAGCGUUCAAUGCCACCGCAGUGGUUCGGCACAUGAGGCGGCUGCAGCUUGGCAGCAGCAUGGGCAGCAGCAUGGACGCCUCCAACCAGCCGACCAGGCAGAGCCAGGCGCAGAAGCCGGCCCAGAGCUCGAGCCAGGCGGUUCAGAACCAGUCAGCUCAGAGCCAAAACACAGCGCAGAGCACCAACAUAGCCGCCAGCAAAACCUCUUCCACUGACAACAACAUAGCAGCGCCACGCAAGGAAUGCGUGACUGCGCCCGUCACACCCUGCAGUCUGGCGUCCGCGGCCUCGUCUCCCGCCACCGGGGCAGAGCUGAACCGGCCACAUCCCUCAGCGGUGCCGGCCCCAGUGCUCACGGAGACCAAGUGACGCCAGGUCCCGCGGGGAACCAGCUGGGAGGCCACAGCACUGUGAGGCAAAGAGAAAAGAGGACACCUGAAGAAGAAGAGGAUCGCCCCCUUCUUCGUCCUUCUCUUCACCGUACUUCCUCUUGGAUGCCGUCCAGCCAGUUCCCCGCCCUGCUCCCGGGAGAGCAGAGGACUUUUCCUCCACUCCACCGAUUCAAGCCACACAGCGCCAUACUGUAAGCCCACCCACCCACCCAUCCACCAGAACAGCAGCAGCAUGGCCUCUGACUAACAGUGCGGAUCUUUGUGCGGCCGGCUGUGGUUGGUUGGCAUUUGAUGAUGAGUGUCGACUGCCCUGAAAUCGAGCAAUGAUCAGUGGCUCAGGAGGGGCGGUGGUAUCAUAUUAUUCAAUGUCAGUCAACAUCAACUUCCCUCUUUAAUCUAGUCUUUCUUGCAACACUUUGUUUAGCUUUUCUCCAAUCUUAGGUUUGACUGUUGGUAACUGGAUCGUUUUCUAUUUUACUAUUAUUAAUGUUCAUUUUAAAGGUGCUAUGUGUAACUUGAAACAAAUAUAUCAUUGUCAAACUGAUCGCACUACUUUGGUAUUAUAGCUGUAAAUAAAAAAGACCAGAGACAAGAUGACAGCUUGCUAUUAAUUGCGGGACAAUUUGUCAAGAUUAAGACCCCAUUUCCCAUAACCCCCCUUGUUUCAUCUCCAAUGAUCACCACACUCUCUGAAAUCAGUAACUUUCUCUGUGAACCAAUCAAGAGGAUUUAAAGUCAGAAAAGAGGCGGGCAGACUUCUGAAUAAUGACAUCACGAGUUUACACAAAUCCCAUUAAUGUUGUAAACUUAAUUGACAAUGAUUUAUCCAUGUGAAAAUGUUUCACAUGGCACCUUUAAGACUUUUUCUACGUCCUUAUGGGCUUUUUGUUUGUUCGUGCUUUAAGAAGUGCUUUAAAAGUACCAUACGACUGUUGAGAUGUGAAAACACAAGUAAGCGUUUUACCUAUUUUGCACAGAGAGGGCCAGAUAUGUUCUCAGACACAGAUAAGCCGCACUCCACUUAUGUUUUUCAUACAGAGAUUAGAGAUUGUAAAAUUUCAAAAACAAAAAAACUACAGAAACCCAGGGUGGAUUUCAAAGCAUUUCACUACUUGUAUAUUGUCUGGAACGUUCUGAUUUAUUCUGAUUUAUUUAUUUUUAUUUUUACUUUAUAAGAGUUUUAUAACAAUCACCCUUAAAGGGGAACACAUACAGGUUACUAAGAAGCAUGCAGCAAGUUAAGGAUAGGUUAGGAGGAGAUAUGUAUUUACUGGAAAAACUGCCUCCAGCUGAGAAUGUUUGUGACUGAUAGCUCACAUUUCACUUCCCAAACGAAGGAGCCACAAGCAGCACAGGGAGCUACAGGACAUAAAAAUGUCAUGUUAUAUUCACCGGCCUCCCACGUGAACCUUCUAAGUAUUUUGGCCCGUGUGGAGUCAAAAAAACCAGGUUGGAGAAGCUGCGGCCUCCCGUUGUUCCGUCCCCCUCUAAUGAAGCCAUGAUCUCCCCUUCCUCGCGUCAUGAAGCUGUACACAGAUCAGAAGUGCUCAGGGAAAACCGCAGCUGUACUGUGUGCUUGCCAACGCUGGUUUCCUGGUUUAGGUGUUUCCAUUAUUGUCCAGGUGAUGUGGCUUCACGGUUAAAGAUCCAGGGCUCAAGACGUUAGCCGUGUCCUUACUGCAGAGUUGUAGUGACAUGGCUUUUUUUUCCCUCAGUGCUACCGUCACGUCUCACCUGAUCACCUGUUUGGUUAAUAGGCCAAAUAUCAAAAACAGAAAAUGGCGUAGAGCACAUAUACCCCCGCAAAGGCCCAACAGUCCCCAUAAAUUCUAUCAAGCUGCACCAAAGUGCACACAAUCAAAGAUAUCAGUCCCUUAAAUGUGCCUGAUCUUUUAUAAUCAAGAUAAAAUUGGUGAAAAAUUUCAAAAGCUAUUCUAUCUCACAAUGUUAAAAGAAAAAAGGGAUACAAAAUGGUUUUUGUCUGGAUCCACGGCAAGAUUUAAUGGGUUCUCUCUUGGCUCACGUCCCACAGACAGUAACAAAACAACCAACAAGGGCCGGGGUGAAAACAUAAACUCCUUGCUUGAGUUGAAAUUCCAUCAU